AAGUUUCCUGCAUGCUACCUCUUGCCGCGUGCAACACCCAAAAAAGAAAAAGUGCCUAUUGUCACUAGUUCCCGGCUGCAGCAAGAAAGCCUUUUCCUGCUUCGUGUGUGUGACGAACUUCCCCAGAUUAUACCCCCUUCUGCCGGCCUGGCCUUUUACCCUUUGCUCCUUCCCCCUUCUUCUGCUCCUUGUCUGCUCUGCCCACUCCCAUCUGUCCCCCUUGUAAUAUUCAGGGCAUAAUACCGUAGGACCAGCAAGGACCAAUACUGGAGAGGAAAGCACCAAGUGCCAAACGGCUCCUUCCCCAUCUCCAGCUAGGCCCACGUCGGCUAAAGGCCAAUCUCAUCGCGUCCGCACCUGCCACCAGACUCCGUCGCGCAAGCGGCAAGAGCAUCCAGGUCCACUCAACCCACAACCCACUCGAGGGCCACAGUCACCUCACCUCACCGAGCGUACCUUCUCCUCUUCUCCUACACAGGGCCCAGGAAGCGACAGCUCUCGAACCAUUUCUCCUGUGCGCUUGCACUCCAACAAACCUUUCACCCUCCACACAAGCUCAAUUGCAGAAGCCGCCCAAGAUGAGCAAAGCAGCUGCCGUUAAGGAGGCUGUCAAGGAGAGCCUCCUUGGCGCCGAGGAGCCCGUCCAGCUGUCUGCGCAGACAAAGGCGAGAUUCGUUGCCAAUGCUGUCAAGGAUGAGGUGUCAGGAGAGCUCUACAUGGGCCCCGAUGAGUUCACCAAGGCCGUUGCGCCCGAGGAUGAAGACUUCCACAAAAUCAAGCGCGAACAGUACGGAAUUCUGUUCGGCAUCGCCGACCGUAAGGGUUCCGGCAAGAUUACCCUCUCCGAGUGGGCCGCCUUUGAGAACCUCCUGAUCAAGCCCGACGCCGAGUACGAGAUCGCCUUCCGCCUCUUCGACGUCGAUAGAACCGGCAAUGUCAAGUACGAGGACUUCAGAAAGCUCUAUGAGCUCAACAAGGGCCCCGACAGCAUUCCUUUUGACUGGGAGUGCGAAUGGGCCAAGUUGUAUAUUGGCAGCAAGAAGAAGCGCCACCACAUGGACUACCCUCAAUUCUCCCAGAUGCUGCGUGGUCUGCAGGGCGAGCGCAUCCGCCAGGCUUUCCAGCUGUUCGAUAAGGAUGGUGAUGGAUUCAUUGACCCCGAGGACUUUGAGCGCAUCAUUCGCGAGACUUCCAAGCACAAGCUCUCUGACCACCUUCUCGAGAACCUGUCGACUCUUUGCAACAUCUCGCUUGGAAGCAAGGUUUCCUACGCCAACGUUCGCGCCUUCCAGAACAUGAUUAAGGAGAUUGAUCUGGUUGAGCUCAUUGUGCGCCGUGCUUGCGCCAAGAGUUCUGACGGCAAGAUCACAAGAACGGAAUUCCUCAACCAAGCUGCCAAGAUCACUCGCUUUUCCCUCUUCACCCCCAUGGAAGCCGACAUUCUCUUCCACUUCGCCAGCCUUGACGAGCCCUCUGGUCGCCUUGGCCUCGGCGACUUUGCCAAGGUCCUCGACCCAUCGUGGAGAAACGCUGCCUACGAGGCCGACGAUGCUGCUUCGCAAGUUCUUGCCAAGAGCGCCGGAGCUUCCAAGGCCGUUCUCGCAUCGAUCCUCGAAUCCGCAUACAACUUUGGUCUUGGUAGUUUGGCAGGUGCCUUCGGAGCGUUCAUGGUCUACCCCAUUGACCUUGUCAAGACCCGUCUCCAGAACCAAAGAAGCGCCAGACCGGGAGAAAGAUUGUAUAAGAACUCGAUCGAUUGCUUCCAGAAGGUGUGGAGGAACGAGGGACCCCGAGGCCUCUACUCGGGUGUUGUGCCCCAGCUCAUUGGUGUUGCGCCAGAGAAGGCCAUUAAGCUGACGGUGAACGACCUUGUGCGUACAUACUUUACCAACAAGGAGGGCAAGAUCUGGACUGGCCAUGAAAUUCUUGCUGGUGGUACUGCUGGUGCAUGCCAAGUUGUCUUCACAAACCCCCUCGAGAUUGUCAAGAUUCGUCUCCAGGUCCAGGGCGAGGUCGCCAAGACUGUCGAGGGUGCCCCCAAGAGGUCGGCUAUGUGGAUUGUGCGCAACUUGGGUCUCGUUGGUCUCUACAAGGGUGCCUCCGCGUGCUUGUUGCGUGAUGUUCCCUUCUCGGCCAUCUACUUCCCUACUUACAGCCACUUGAAGAAGGAUCUCUUUGGCGAGUCUCCGACUAAGAAGCUGGGAGUUGUUCAGCUGCUUACCGCUGGUGCCAUUGCUGGUAUGCCCGCUGCCUACCUCACCACCCCCUGCGACGUCAUCAAGACUCGUCUUCAGGUCGAGGCUCGCAAGGGCGAGGCCACCUACACUGGUCUCCGUCAUGCUGCCAAGACUAUCUGGAAGGAGGAGGGCUUCCGCGCCUUCUUCAAGGGCGGCCCUGCCAGAAUCUUCCGUUCUUCCCCGCAGUUCGGUUUCACUCUCGCCGCUUACGAGGUUCUGCAGAACGUCAUCCCCUAUCCUGGCAAGCCUGAGAGCUCAAAGGUCCACACCGGUGUUGGCGAUGCCAUCUCUACCCUGAAGGAAAAGCUCGACACUAGCCCCUUUGCCCGCAGCCGCAACGCCCUCAAAAUCAUCUUGGACAUUGAUGAAGACUUUGGAAAGGUCAAGGUCCCUAGCCAGGAGAGUUGGAAGAAGCUUCCUGCCUUCAUGCAGACGAACGGAAACACCUCUUCAUGAGCACUUGGAACGGAUUGGAAUAGCCAGAGAGAGCCUCGAUGCUUGUCUGGAUGAGAAACAAAGAACCCAGAGUCACAAAUGGGAAGAAAUCGCAUAUACGGCUGGGGAAUACAAAAGUUCUAGAAGAAUGAAUCAAAGACAGCGAUGACGACACCCUUUUUCUCAAAGCGAGUCAUUCAAGAAGAAGCUAUGUGAGAGGGAUGCUUCUCUUCGAUCACGGCAGAGAGAUGAAGGUUGAGAGAUUUGCAUAUCCCCUCGACGGCGUUCAAGGGCAGGCAUACAAAGGGAUUCGUUGCAAUUCCUCAAUUUUAUACUUUUUUCAGUUUUGUUCAUUUUGUGUCUUGUAGAAGCCUUUUUUUUUUUCCUUCUGAAAGAAGUUUCUCCUUGGUGUUGCUGUAACGUGAGUUGGUGUCGUUGCGUCUCGACUCUGAGAGGGUCGCAUGUCAUGGAUACAAUGUGUAAGGUACAGACCGUAGUGGUAGAAUUCUUAGAUCUGCUAGAGUUCCAGCUUAGACUAUCUAGAAGUUCUUCAGACGGCCUCUGUUCACACUGAGAUGUCUUGAGAAGUGGUCAGAAUGCCAACCUGCCAAGCUUGAGCGUCUGAGCAAAGCCAGCAAAGCAUUGAGCUAGAUGACCUACAAGGCUUCCGUUUUUUUCCUAGUGUACUGGAUAAAAUUUCAAGUAUAUUCCAAGCCAUAUGUGUCCAUAUGUGACGAGUCUCCUCUACUCUAGUCUAGUCUUUGAUGCUCCUCAUCGUCCGCACGGAGGAGCGAAUCUCUCUCGUCAGCCUUGCCGUCAGAGCCGCGAUACAGGACGUAGUGCUGGGUCAUGAAGACCAAGUCGUACACCAUGGAAACGUUGCCCAGCGCGAACUUGACAGGGUUACCGGUGAUGCCGGACCAGUCGCGUUGCAGGUAGGAGUCGAUUGCCUGCUGCGCAACAGAGAGGAGGCCGCCGGAGAAGUCGAGCAGGAUCUGCCAGAUGGACCAGCCCUUUGUGGACUUGUUGCGGUAGUUUGUAAUGACCUGUGGGGUGUACUUGAUGAGGGUGAUGACGAGCUUGACGUAGGACACGGCGUAGACAACGUCAAGGGCGCACCAGCUCGUGACGGGGUCGCCGUCACCCGGGGCGGACGCGACGAUGAGGCCGACAACGGCGACGCCCACGAUGCAGCCCGAGGCGAUGCCCGAGAUGAAGCGGCUAGGGUUCGUGCCCGGCGCGGGGGUGAAGCCCCAGAGCUUGGGCACGUACUGCGAGGUGGUUAUGCAGGAGAGGAGUAGGGCGUGGGCGGCGAAGGUGAUGUCGUUGAAGGCGACUGUCGGGGUGAGGCCGUGGUUGCGCGCGGCGUACUGGGCACGGACGACGGGGGAGUAGUAGAAGGCGGCGUUGGAGACAAAGUAGGCGAGGAAGCCUGCGAGUCGGAGUGUCAACGCUGCACUUGAAGAGUGUCUCCUGUGUCCUACGUGGUGUUCUGGGUUCUUCUUACCUAGGCAGUUGAUCAAGGGAAA